AUGUCCGACACGACGGCAGUGAUCGUGCAACCGGGAGUGGCUCUCCCGGAACCGUUUGACUUUAACAAACCUCAAAACUGGGAUACAUAUAAAUCCCGAUUUAACCGCUAUUGCAUUGUGGCGGGUGUGACAAGUGCAGAGCAACAGGUAAAUUCGUUGUUAUACGCGAUGGGACCGAGGGCGGAAACCAUUUUCACUUCAUUUAAUUUAAAUGAAACCGACGCUAAAGACAUUAUUAAAGUAAAAGAGAAGUUCGACGGCUUCUUUAACGGAAGGAAGAAUAUUAUUUACAAACGUGCGAGAUUCAAUAUGCGCGUGCAAUCUCCGGGGGAGAGCAUGGAGGAUUUUAUUACAGACUUGUGCAAGUUAGCAGAUUCGUGCGAGUACGAGAAUUUCCGUGAACAAUUAAUUCGCGACCGGAUCGUAGUGGGCGUGGCCGAUCGACGCCUCUCAGAGAGAUUGCAGCUUCUCGAUGGUUUGGACUACAAAAGAGCCGUGGAAGUAGCUAGAAGCUAUGAGACGGUACAAAAACAGAACCAAUUGUUACGAUCGGAUGUUGCGGGAACCGGAACGGCGGUAAACCGUGUGCAAAACAAAACCAAAGCUCGUAAAGGAAGGAAUUAUUCCACGCCAUGGAAGUGCUAUGGCUGCGGAAGUGAGAAGAAGCAUGCAAAAGAGGAAUGCCCCGCGCGUAGUUCGAAAUGCAAUAAAUGUGCUAAAGAAGGCCAUUGGGCGAAAGUGUGCAAAUCCGGAACGGCAGAUGGCAGGUCUGAGAAGAAUAAACCCAAGACUGCCAUACAGCAAGUAGAAGAUGACUCUAGUACAGACCCGUUCUUUGUGGCGACGGUGAGCCAAUCGCAGGUUCCAUCGGACGAGCCGUGGCAAGCUAAAGUGACGGUAGAUGGCGUUACAAUUUGUUUUCAACUGGACCCCGGUGCCGAUGUGACUCUAAUUACCGACAGUACGUACGAAGAAAAUAGACAAACUUUUGGUAAAUUACACACCGCGGAUCGUAACCUAGAAAGUGUUUCCCGCGAUUCGUUGAAGUGUAUCGGCAUGUUCACUACCAGACUUAGUUACGGAGAUCGGGCGUUGAAUGCCAACGUGUUUGUCGUAAAAGGACUACGGCAAAAUUUGCUAGGACGAGGUGAAUGUGUCGGACUAAAUUUAGUGAUGCGGUGCUCACAAGUUUCUGCACAGAGCACUGUAAGACUUUUUACAGAGUUCCCCGGUUUGUUUAAUCGCCUAGGUCUUUUGAAAACGUCGUACAGUAUUAAACUUCGUAAAGACGCGAAACCAUUCUGUUUAUCUCAACCGCGUCGGGUGCCAUUAGUAUUAAUGACAAAGUUAAAGGCGAAACUCGAAGAAAUGUUGCAGAUGGGUGUCAUUGAGAAAGUAGAUGAGCCAACUGACUGGUGCAGCGGUAUUGUUCUAGUGAAAAAACAAAAUACAGAUGACAUUCGUUUUUGUGUGGACUUAACCAAACUGAAUCAGGCGGUGGAACGUGAGAAUCAUCCGAUGCCUACCGUGGAACAUACGUUGGGCCAGCUGAAUGGGGUCAAAUAUAUUACGAAACUUGACUGUGUGUCAGGAUUUUGGCAGGUGCCGUUAAGUGAGGAUUCCAAGAAGCUAACUACGUUUAUUACCCCAUUCGGGAGAUUUUGUUUUUGCAGACUUCCUUUCGGAAUUUUGUCCGCUCCGGAGUGCUUUCAAAAGCGAGCUUCACAGAUUCUGGAGGGCCUAGAGGGAGUCGCUAACCUCAUAGACGAUAUAAUAGUGUGGGGGAAAACCAUACAAGAGCAUGACGCCAGGCUUCGCGCGGUAUUGCAGCGGUGGGAUGCGUCCCCGUCCCGCGAAUAA